AUGGGUAGAGAGGAGCGUCAAGCUCUUCUUCAUGAAGGAACAGGACCAGCAACUAUGUCAGCCUAUGUCGAAAUUAUAUUUGAUAAUAGUGACAAUCGAUUUCCAACCGGUAAAGAUGAAGUAGUUCUACGCAGAACAAUUGGUCUGAAAAAAGACGAAUAUUCGUUGGACAAAAAAAGUGCAACAAAAGCCGAUGUAAUGAAUCUAUUAGAGAGCGCAGGAUUUUCUCGAUCAAAUCCUUAUUAUAUUGUUCCACAAGGAAGGAUCACUGCCUUAACAAACGCCAAGGAUCCUGAACGACUUCAAUUACUUAAAGAAGUUGCUGGAACACGCGUGUACGAACAACGAAGACAAGAAAGUAUGAAGAUUAUGGAAGAGACAGAUUCAAAACGAGCUAAAAUUGAGGAGCUUUUAGCUUACAUCGAAGAAAGACUUGAAGAGCUAGAAGAGGAAAAGGAGGAAUUGAAAAAUUUUAAUGAUUUGGAUCGUGAUCGUCGGUGUCUUGAGUACACUAUUUUUCAUCGUGAAGAGACAGAAUAUGCUUCGCAAUUGGAAAAAAUGGAAAAAGAACGUGAGAAAGGUGUCAGUGGGACAAAUGAAGAGAAUAAAGGAUUCGAGGAAGAGCAACGCGCAAUUACAAGAAUCGAAGUUGAAAUCCGACAACUUGAACAAAAUAUUCAACUCCUUACAAUUGAGAAGGAGCAACUCGACGAAGAUAGACAGGAGCAAAUCAAAGCUCUUGCACAAGUUGAGCUAAUUAAGAAAGAUCUUGAAGACUCGGCUAAACAGAAUAGACAACUGAGGGGUCGAAGAAAGAACGAGUUGAAAGCUAUUGAACGGGAUAUAGAGCGAAAAGAAGCUGAAUUAGCACAAGUCAUACCACAAUAUGAGAAUGAGGUUUCUCGUGAACUCCAAUUAAGAGAACGUCUUGAAGAAUCAGAAUUACAGAGACAAGGACUAUAUGCAAAACAAGGACGAAGCAUUCAAUUCAGUAAUCGAUCAGAACGAGAUGCAUGGCUCAAGAAAGAAAUGAAAGAGAUCGAAGUUACAAUUUUUGCUCAGACUAGACAAACGCGAGAUCUUGAAGAUGAGAUUUCGGGGAUAGCACAAUCUAUAGAAAAUGCAGUGACUGAGAUACAGAAUACACGUGAAAAACUUGAGCAAAGAAAAACUAAUUUAGAGGCGAUGACUGUCGAGUAUAAUCAAUUGAAGACGCAGCGAGAUAAAUUAACUGACGAUAGAAAAGAGCGUUGGAGAGAAGAUGCACAAUUAGAAACAAAAAUAAGCAAUACUCGUGAGUUAUAUAGAAAGAAUGAACGAGGCCUUGCCAGCUCAAUGGAUAAAAAUACCAGUUUAGGAUUAGCGAAUGUGAGAAAAAUUGCCCAAAACAGAGGAUACACGGGGGUUUAUGGACCCCUUUUCGAAUUAUUCGAUUGCAUAGACGAAUCAUAUUGGACUGCUGUUGAGGUUACUGCCGGGCAAAGCUUAUUUCAUGUGGUAGUCGAUACAGACGACACUGCUAGCAGAGUAUUAGAAGAACUUAAUCGAGGUAGAAAUGGACGCGUCACUUUUAUGCCGUUGAAUCGAUUACGAUCGAAAACUCUUGAAUAUCCAAGAAGCGAUGAAAUUAAGCCAAUGUUGGAAGUUAUUCAAUUCGAUGGAAUGUUUCAAAAAGCGUUUGAACAGGUUUUUGGACGAACUGUAAUUUGCAAAGAUCUCCAAUCAUCAUCAAUUAUUGCUAGGAGAGAUCGAGUUGACCGCAAAGGUGCCUUAACAGGUGGCUAUCAUGACGUACGUCGUCGACGAUUAGAAUCCGCAUCAAAUCUAAAAAAAUACAAAAAGGAAUGCAAGGAGCUUGAGGAUAAGGCUCUGCUGGUUAAACGAGAAAUAAAUAAUAUCCUUUUGUUUACUAUUGAUGAUGUAUCGGAAAUUACUCGAGUACUAAGUAGGAUGCAAUUGCUUGAGGCCAGGCGACGUCAGGCACAGGAUAGUCGUGAUCCUCUUAUCUUUGAACUCAAUUCCAAGAUAAAAGAAGAAGCAAGUUUAAGAGACUCAAAAUCCAAUAAGGAAAAAUCAUUUCUAAAUUUGCAAAUGAGCAUCAAGAAGCUCACUUCACAAUAUCAAACACAUGAAGCAGAGCUUCAGACAGACUUAAACAAGAACCUCACACCUCAAGAAGAACAGAUGCUUGAACAACUCAACUUUUCCGUUGAACAGUUGAGACAACAGCUAGCCGAUGUUUCUACUACGAGAUCUGAGCUUGAGACAUGUAAGAAUGUAUUAGAAAAUGAAUUGGAUGUAAAUUUGAGGAGACGUCGAGAUGAACUAAAUGAUCAAAUUGAAAGCUUAACGACAAAAGAUGAUGCCGGCGUGGAUAAUGUUAAGACAGAUUUGGAGAGAACCAUUAAUAAUAUGAAUGAGCGCUCGAAAAAGAUUGGUAAUGAACUGAAAAAACAUUCGAAAGAACUGAAUCAGAAAAAUACUGAAAUAGAAAAUCUCAAGAAUGCACAAAGGGAACGCGAGGAAAGAAUGCAACGGCACGAGAAAGAGAUGGAAAAAAAGCUCUCUGAUCGUAGUAUUCUAUUGAGGAAAAAGGAAGAAGCCACUAAAAAGCUCCGUGAGCUUGGCACUUUGCCUGACGAGGCCUUUGCCAAACAUAAAAACACUGCUUCUGAGAAACUCUUGAAACAACUGCACAAAGUGCGUGAAGGCUUGAAACAAUACAGUCACGUGAACAAAAAAGCUUUUGAACAGUAUAAUAAUUUUACAAAACAAAGAGACACUCUGACUAAAAGAAAAGAAGAGUUGGAUCAAUCAAAAAGGGCAAUUAGUGAUUUAAUAAAUGUCCUUGAUCAACGGAAAGAUGAAGCAAUAGAACGUACCUUUAAACAGGUAGCCAAAUACUUUUCGGAGGUGUUUGAGAAACUUGUACCUGCAGGACGAGGGCAACUUAUCAUGCAACGAAGACUUGAUAAGGAUGAUAGCGAUGACGACGACGAGGAAAAUGAACAAAACGAUAGCGGAUCUGUUGACAAUUACACAGGAGUGGCAAUCAAGGUCUCGUUUAACAGUAAAACAGACGAAGGUCUAAGAAUGCAACAAUUAUCUGGUGGACAAAAGUCAUUAGUUGCUCUAACUUUGAUUUUUGCGAUACAACAAUGUGAUCCAGCUCCAUUCUACUUAUUCGAUGAGAUUGAUGCUGCGCUAGAUGCACAAUAUCGAACCGCCGUUGCUUCCAUGAUUCAUGAAUUAUGCGAAAAUGGGCAAUUCAUAACGACGACAUUUCGACCAGAGAUGUUGGCAAAUGCUGAUAAAUUCUAUGGUGUCACGUUUUCGAAUAAAGUCUCUCGCAUCAAUUGUAUUACCAAAGAAGACGCGUUAAAUUUCGUGGAACAGGAACAACCUCAAUAA